AUGUGCUUGCCAGAGUGAAAUACAUAUAUAGCUCAUAGCUCUUGAUAUCACUUAAAACACUGCGUAUACAUCUUUCUUUGUGAAUUUUAGUGUGAGAGAUAAAGAAAGCGAGAUUCAAGUAUAAAGUAGCUGCUAGCUAGCUAGUGUUAAUCGAUUGCAAGUGAUAUGGCUCCUUUAUCCCCCCACUGGACUCUUGCAUUUGGCCUUCUUGGUAAUGUGGUCUCCUUCAUGGUGUUUCUUGCACCGAUCCCAACAUUUUACAAAGUUUACAAGAAGAAAUCAACCGAAGGGUUUCAAUCAGUUCCCUACGUGGUUGGAUUAUUCAGUGCCAUGCUCUGGAUAUACUAUGCCUUGCUCAAGUCCAACGCCUUCCUUCUCAUCACCAUCAAUUCCGUUGGCUGCGUCAUUCAGACCGUUUACAUCGUCAUCUUCCUCUGCUACGCCCCCAAGACCGCCAAGCUUCAGACCAUUAAACUACUUGUGGGGAUGAAUGUGAUCGGAUUCGGAAUGAUAAUCGGACUGACUCAGUUUGUGGCGAAAGGAAACGCAAGCCGUGUCACUAUUGUGGGAUGGAUUUGUCUUGUAUUCUCCUUGUGUGUGUUCGUUGCGCCUUUGUGUGUCGUGAGACAAGUUAUUCGAACAAAGAGCGUUGAGUACAUGCCGUUUCUCUUAUCUCUGUUCCUCACCUUGAGUGCUGUUAUGUGGUUUUUUUACGGCCUGCUUCUCAAAGAUGUCAAUAUUGCUGUUCCCAAUGUACUGGGGUUCACCUUCGGUAUAAUUCAGAUGGUACUCUACAUGAUGUACAAAAAUGCAAAGAAAAUCCCCACCGAAUCUCAAAAACUUCCGGAAUUCCAAGACCAAAUCAUCGUAUUAGAUGAACACAAGUUCCCGGAGCUGGCCGAACAGAUCAUUGACGUGAUGAAGCUCAGUGCAUUAGCUUGUUCAGAGAUGAAGCCGAUGACAACUCCGAGGGCAACCCCCACGCACCAGGAAAAUCAAGUUCCGGUGGUGGUGCCUCCGCCAGUACUUCCAGUGCAGCCGGUGGCUGUGGCAUGAUUUGCUUCGAGUCCUAAAGUUCAAUAAUCAAGUGGGAUUGUAGUUUUUACUGAUUAGCCAUGCAUGCAUAUGUGUCAUGCACAGUUAAGUAUAGUGGCCCUUUGGUAAUUUGUUCUGCUGAAGUUCCGAGGGUUUCACUAUCAUCUAUCUCUCCUUUGUAGCUAGUAGUCAUGUCUUUGAUUUACCAAGUUCAAUCAUGGUUAUCUAAUUUUCUCCUGUAAUUACGGCUUAUGAUAAUGAAUGAAAUCUUCAACUUUUAUGUA